AUGCCUGUACUAUGGGCUACAUUGCUCUCUCUCGCCUGUCUCCUAUCUAGGGACACAGUCAGGGGCUUCAAUCUGGAUGUCACACACACCCUUAUCAAGGAUGGAGACAAAGGCAGUUUAUUUGGAUUCUCAGUAGCGCUUCACAAGCAGCUCAGUCCGGAGCCACUGAGUUGGCUUUUGGUGGGGGCACCCCAGGCACCAUCAUUACCAAACCAGUUCUCAAAUCGCACAGGUGGUCUAUAUGGGUGUCCGCUGGCUGCUGGAGCCCAGGAAUGUCAAAGGCUUGACAUUGAUGAUGGAGUUGAUAGGAAUCGGGAGAGUAAAGAAAAUCAAUGGCUUGGGGUUACCGUGAAAAGUCAGGGACCAGGGGGAAAGAUUGUGACAUGUGCUCACCUUUAUGAGUCUCGCCAAAGAGUAAAACAGCCAUCGGAAACAAGAGCUGUCAUUGGCCGUUGCUUUGUGCUGAGUGAAGACCUGACUACUAGUGAAGACCUGGAUGGAGGAGACUGGAAGUUUUGCGAGGGUCGGCCUCAAGGUCAUGAGAUGUUUGGGUUCUGCCAACAAGGAAUGUCAGCUGGAUUCACCUCAGAUAAUAAUUACAUCAUGUUUGGGGCCCCUGGGACCUACAACUGGAAAGGUGAGCUGCGUGUGGAGCUCUUUAAUCAGAGUGCUCUGGAUCUUGGUACUUACGAUGACGGUCCAUAUGAAGUUGCUGGAGAAAACAGCCAGAAACCCGAAUUGAUCCCACUGCCGUUCAACAGCUAUCUUGGUUUCUCAGUGGACUCAGGGUGGGGGGUGACAGGGAAGAACAAGCUGAGCUUUGUAAGCGGUGCCCCCCGGGCAAAUCACACAGGGGCCGUGGUUGUUCUUCGCCAAGAGAGUGGAAGCCAACUUGUUCCAGAGCUAACGCUAUGGGGAGAGACUCUUGCCUCAUCGUUUGGUUACUCUGUAGCAGUUGAGGACCUCAAUGGUGAUGGCUGGACUGACCUAGUGGUAGGUGCUCCCAAUUUCUUCUCCCGGAAAGAGGAAAUUGGUGGUGCCGUGUAUGUCUACAUGAAUAAAGAUGGGAAACUGGAUAGCUCUCCUCCUAUACGACUGAACGGAACAGAUGGUUCCAUGUUUGGGUUGACUGUGGGCAGCUUGGGGGAUAUAAAUCAGGAUGGAUUCAAAGAUAUUGCUGUUGGGGCACCAUUUGAUGGCAGUGGGAAACUAUUCAUAUAUCAUGGAAGCCGGACAGGAUUAGUAACCAAACCAGCACAGAUCUUGGAUGGAGUGAGUGUUGGGGUAACUACCUUUGGUUAUUCAUUUUCUGGUGGCCUUGAUAUUGAUGGAAACUCAUAUCCAGACCUGGUAGUUGGAUCUUUAUCUGACACAGUGGUCCUUUACAGAUCUCGCACUGUUAUUCGUGUUAAUAAAGAGGUCACUGUUACUCCGCAAAACAUUGACUUGGAGCAGCAGAGCUGCAAGAAUGGCCCCGGGAUCUGUGUGGAAUUUAGAGCAUGUUUCAGCUAUAGUGCCUUCCCUGCAACCUACAAUCCAAAGAUCAUUUUAAGAUGUGUAUUUGAGGCUGAAGCAACUAGGAGACAACAAGUGAAGUCCAGUCGUGUUUCUUUUAUAAACCGCCAACCAAAUGAUCCAGAACACCAGUUCAGUACCACAGUAGAACUCCACAGACAGUCCUCCAGCCGCUGUACUACCGCCAUAUUCCAACUUCAGGAGGACGUUAGAGACAAACUUCGAUCGAUCCCAGUGACUCUGACAUACAAUAUCCUAGAAGCAAGACACAAGCGUCAGUCUGCAGACGAGUCGCUGCCCCCUCUCAUGCCUAUCCUCAGUGAGGAAGAGCCCAAUGUCUACAACACUGAGGUACACUUUCUGAAAGAAGGCUGCGGAGAGGACAAAAUAUGUCACAGUAACCUGCAGUUGAACUAUAAUUUCCACUCUCGUGUUGGCAACACAGAACACUUUGUAGCAUUGCCCAUUGAGAACGAUGUUCCUGUGUUCGCACUCACUGACCAGAAGGAUAUUAUCCUCAAGAUUACAGUAAAUAAUAUUCCUUCUGACCUACAAAAUCCACAACUAGAUGGAGAUGAUGCCCAUGAGGCCCAGCUGAUUGCAACCUUUCCUGACACCAUGUCUUACUCAGGUGUCCGUCCAUUUGAGACAUUCAAGUUGGUGGUGUGUCAAUCCAAUGAAAAUGCAUCAAAGGCUAUAUGUGAAAUUGGCAACCCGAUGAAAAGGAAUGCUGAGAUCACGUUCUAUAUGGUUAUUAGCACUCCAGGAAUCACAAUAGAAACUACAGAACUGGAGGUGAAACUUGAACUGGCCACGAUAAGUGAGCAAGUGAAUUUGCCUACAGUACUUGCAAAAGUCAACGUGAUCAUCGAACUGCCGCUGUCUGUCUCUGGAGAGGCUGCACCAAACAGACUGUUCUAUAGUGGACAGGUAAAGGGGGAGUCUGCCAUGAAGAAUGAAGAUGAUGUGGGCAGCCCUGUGGAUGUGGAAGUCACCGUAACAAACCGGGGAAAGUCAUUGCGCACACUUGGUUCUGCCUACCUGAAUCUGAUGUGGCCAUAUGAGAUGGCAAAUGGGAAAUGGCUGCUGUACCCAAUGAAGAUACAGCUAAAGGAGAAGGAUCUUUCUGGACGCAGCAUGGAAUGUAGUCCCUUAGAAGCAGUCAACCCCCUUAAACUGAAUACAGUCAGAGAGGACACAAAAAGCUUUGGCCAAAGCCAGAGCUCGGCAAGCCGAUGGGCAGUUACCUAUCCAGCAAAGAAGAAGGACGUUGUUUUGGAUUGUGCUCGCGGCACUGCUCACUGUACGAUAUUUCAGUGUCCUCUGUACAGUUUUGACCAGCAGGUGGUGCUUAAUGUCCAUGGACGGCUUUGGAAUAGCACAUUUUUAGAGGACUAUCCAUCUGGUAGUGCCAUAGAGGUGAUCAUCAGAGCAAAUAUCACUGUGAAGUCUAGUAUUAAGAACCUAGUAUUGAGAGAUGCUACAACACAGAUCUCUGUAAUGCUGUACUCUGAUCUGGAUGUUGUGGCACAUGCAGGGGUUCCUUGGUGGAUCAUUCUUAUUGCAAUUCUGGCUGGCAUAUUACUGCUAUUACUCCUAGUCUCUAUCCUGUGGAAGUGUGGUUUCUUCAAGAGAGAGUCUGCAGAGGCCAAGUAUACCACAGACUACUAUCGGGCACAAUUGGGGGUUCAGCCCUCUGAGGCACAGAGGCAGGCCGAGGAGGAUUUCUAG